AACCCUUCAUAUCAUUUCAUACUCUGCACCAUCCCCUCCGAGAUCUCCAUCAACAAAUCCAGAGAGGGGGCAGGCACCACUAGAAGGUCAUGUCAGUGGAAUACCGGAACUUCCAGAGUCCUCCAGAAGACACCAAACCAACCAACAGUCCUCCAGGAACCUGGCCUCUCCAAGGAAUCCUGGUGGACAGACAGACUGCUCGGCCCUCCUCCGCCCUGAUCUGCUUCCUCUCAUCUCUCUGCACUGCGCUCCUCUUCAUCAUCAUCAUCCUCUUCGUCGUAUUCACACGUCAAGGGGUGAAUCAGAUGGAGCAGAACAUGGAGGUGAAGCUGAGGAAUCUGAGUAUGGGACUGCAAUCCAGAGUGGGGGGACUGAGCCAACUUGGAUCUCAGAUGAUGGAGAGAAUGAAAGUCAUGGAACACUUUUUGAAAGGCAUCAAAGAAUCCAAAGUGAUGAGUAACGUAGAGGAGAUCGAGUCCCUGGUGAUACGGAUUGUAUCAGACGAGGUGGCAGGUUCUCUUACCAAUGAUAAUCAGAGGAUAUUGGCAGCUCUGGGGCAACUGGCAGACCAGAUCUUUCAACCGAACAGCAGCUCUGCUGACCCAUUGUGUGAUUGGGGUUGGACGCACCACGGCUCCAGCUGCUACUUGUUGAUCAAACGUGUCCAGCCAUGGUCAUUGGCUAAGAAGGACUGCGAAGACAGGAAGGGUCACCUGGUGAUCAUCAAUGAUGUGGAUGAAAUGGGAUUUGGGAUUAAUGGUUGGUUUGUCAAACAACCUAAACAAUAG